AUGAAUUCUAACCUGUUGUCUCGGCUAAAUCAAGGACUGGCUCCAUUUUUAACAAUCAUCAGAAAUGCAUCAAAGAAAACGGGCGGUAGUUCGAGGAAUCCUCCCAAACAUCCGCGCCCAAAACACCGUGGCUGGAAGGUGCAGGAUGGCCAUCACGUAUCGGCUGGAACGAUCUUAGCAACACAGCGCACAACUCGAUUUCAUCCCGGACUAAAUGUCGGUUUCGGUAAAAAUGGAACGUUGUUUGCGAUGGAGCACGGCAAGGUGUAUGUUACCUGUGAAAAAAUUGAUCCAAACUGGGACCACACGUGGAUACAGCGGUGUUACGCUGGCCGGGAAGGACAAACGAUUUACAAAAAGUUUUUCAACGUAGUACCCGUACCACAACAUCAACGGUUUAAACUGAUCGACGAAGUGUAA